AUGGGUCUCCUCCAAGAAGUCGCGGGACCGGUGUCCCAGCAAUUCCAGACUCUGGGAAGUGCGUCGCAAGUUGCAGUCGUCUUCGCCGCCGUCGUGGUCGUCUCCGUCAUCCUCAAUGUCGCAAAUCAGAUCUUCUUCAAGAACAAGAAUGAGCCUCCCAUGGUCUUCCACUGGUUCCCCUUCAUCGGCAGCACCGUCAUCUAUGGCAUGGACCCCCCAGCCUUCUUCAAGGCCAACCGCGAAAAGUUUGGUGAUGUGUUCACUUUCGUCCUCCUCGGCAAGAAGACCACGGUCGCCCUCGGAACUCAGGGCAAUGACUUCAUCCUCAACGGCAAGCUCAAGGAUGUGAAUGCUGAGGAUAUCUACACUGUUUUGACCACUCCCGUUUUUGGACGCGAUGUUGUCUAUGACUGCCCCAACGCCAAGCUCAUGGAGCAGAAGAAGUUCAUGAAGAUUGCCCUCACCACCGAGGCCUUCCGCUCCUACACUCCCAUCAUUGCCGACGAGGUCACCAACUACUUCAAGCGCAGCCCUGACUUCAAGGGCAAGUCUGGCGUCGUCAACCUGCCCCCCAAGCUGGCCGAAAUCACCAUUUUCACCGCCUCCCACGCUCUUCAGGGCGCUGAAAUCCGCAACAAGUUCGACGAGUCCCUCGCUUCUCUGUACCACGACCUCGACAUGGGCUUCACCUCCAUCAACUUUGUGCUGCACUGGGCCCCUCUCCCCUGGAACAAGAAGCGCGAUCACGCCCAGCGCACCGUUGCUCAGAUCUACAAGGACGAAAUGAAGGAGCGCCGCGAGCAAGGCCGCACCAACGGACUCGAUAUCAUGACCCAUCUGAUGAACUCUACCUACAAGAACGGCAUCAAGGUCCCCGACCACGAGAUCGCCAACAUGAUGAUUGCCCUCCUCAUGGCCGGUCAGCACUCUUCCUCCUCCACCAGCUCUUGGAUCAUGCUUCGUCUUGCCCAGAACCCUCAAAUCAUGGAGGAGUUGUACGAGGAGCAGGUUCGUGUUCUCGGCGCCGACCUUCCUCCCCUGACCUACGAAGACCUCGCCAAUCUGCCCCUCAACCAGGCCAUCAUCAAGGAGACUCUUCGCCUGCACGCCCCUAUUCACUCCAUCAUGCGCGCCGUCACAUCUCCCAUGCCUGUUCCCGGAACCAAGUAUGUCAUUCCCACUAGCCACACUCUCCUCGCCGCCCCUGGUGUCUCUGGCUCCGACCCCGUCUACUUCCCCGAGCCCGAGGAGUGGAACCCCCACCGCUGGGACGCCGACUCCCCUAUCGCCCCCAGACUUGACCGCCCCGAAGAUAUCGACGACGAGAAGAUUGACUACGGCUACGGCUUGGUUAGCAAGGGUGCCGGAUCGCCUUACCUCCCCUUCGGCGCCGGUCGUCACCGCUGCAUCGGCGAGCACUUUGCCAACCUGCAGCUGCAGACCAUUACCGCCAUGAUUGUCAGAGAAUUCAAGUUCCGCAACGCCGACGGCAGCAAUAAGAUCAACGGCACCGACUACGCCUCCCUUUUCUCACGGCCAUUGGAGCCCGCCAACAUCUACUGGGAGAAGCGCAACCCCUAG